CAAGAGUGUUUUGGGAAGGACAUUACAACAGCUAUAUGAAGCAUAUGCUUCCGAGGCUCACAGGAUAACUAACUGUCAGAGUUCUCCAGUGGAGAAUCUGAAUGCCAACGGUAGUGAUGGUCAAUUACAGAAAAUGCAGGUAAGAAAACAGCUUACUUUCCUAAAUAUUCCUAAACAUAGUAGCCAAGAAUGCUGUAGAGACUAUGUUGUGCCUUUUUUAAAAAAAUGGUUUUAGAUUAUAUCAAAUAAUGAAGCACCUGUAAGAAACUCAGUUAUUGAUUUUUUUUCUGAGGGACAAGCAAGGGUCUUUUUUUAAGGGGAUGGGUUGUCCUUUCCUGCUUUUAAUUAUGUCACUGAGACUUUUUAAUAUUGACAUCAUUGGCUUCAUUAAAAGUCACUGCAUCAUGACACAACUGAAAUGGAACGACACAGAAAAAAUAUAAGCAAGUUUCCAAAACAUGACAAAGAGAUACUAUCAAAAUAGUAGCUUCACUUUGACUCAGAGAUUUGACCAACUGUUUGGGGAAUGUACUCGCAUGUUGCCUUACCAGAGGAAAUCCAUUAUCACAUUCAAUCAUACCACUUAUUUUAAGCAGGAAAAGGUCAAGUUGAAAUGGUGAAGUGACAGGAGAAAUGGAUUGAAGAAAAAUCCUCCCCUAUCAGGGAGCUAGUAGAAGCAGAGAAUGAGGAACCCUGAUUAAACAGGAAGCUAUGACCAAGCAGUGAAGCACAAAGUAAGCAGAGGAAAUCAGACCCUGACAGCCAAUUCUGCAUUGUGCCUAUAAUAUCAGUGGAGAAAACUUAGCUGUAAUCCUUGGCUGGUUGUUCCUACUGCAUUUCCUGAAUGAAUAUUUAAGUACCCCUUUAUCAUACACUAGUUGCCAGAUCAGAACAUGGGUCCAAAAUAACUGAAAUAGGAAUAUUGCCCUCACACACACAUCACAAUGCACAGGGCUCCUGUCACACAAGACAAAACCAUGUGUGGUUGAGAAUGGACUUCUUGUCCCUUGUCUUGCACGUCACAGAAUUCAUAUCGAUGGGAAAGCUGCCUAUUAGAACGGAUGACUUCUCAUGUGUAUUAAUGAAAGUUCUGUAUUGCAGGCCGGGUAGCUGGUGGAAAUGUUGUGAGCAUUUAUGAGUGAAAGAUUUAUGCCAUUAUAACCCUAAAAUGUCCCUGCAGGAUAACAACACAGCCUAUCUAAUAUACAAUGAUGGAGUCCCUAAAUCCAUGAAUUACAGCAGAAAGUAUGGACACACCAAAGGUUUACUUCUGUGGAACAGAAUCCAGGGGUUCUGGUUGAUUCAUUCCAUUCCCCAUUUUCCUCCAAUUCCUGAAGAAGGCUAUGAGUAUCCACCCACAGGGAGACGAAAUGGACAAACUGGCAUCUGCAUAACUUUCCAGUACAACCAGUAUGAAGCAAUAGAUUCUCAGCUCUUGGUCUGCAACCCAAACGUUUAUAGCUGUUCCAUCCCAGUAACCUUUCACCAGGAGCUCGUUCACAUGCCCCAGCUGUGUGCCAGAUCCAGCUCAUCAGAGAUCCCUGGCCGGCAUCUCACCACACUUCAGUCAGCCCAGGGACAAAAAUUCCUCCAUUUUGCAAAGUCUGAUUAUUUUCUUGACGACAUCUUUGCAGCCUGGAUGGCUCAACGGUUGAAGACUCACUUGCUAACAGAAACCUGGCAGCGAAAGAGACAAGAGCUUCCUUCAAACUGCUCCCUUCCUUACCAUGUCUACAAUGUCAAAGCAAUUAAGUUAUCUAGACAAUCUUAUUUCAGCUCUUAUCAGGAUCAUGCCAAAUGGUGUAUUUCCCAAAAGGGCACCAAAAAUCGCUGGACAUGUAUUGGAGACCUAAAUCGGAGCCCACACCAAGCCUUCAGAAGUGGAGGAUUCAUUUGUACCCAGAAUCAGCAUAUUUACCAAGCAUUCCAAGGAUUAGUUUUAUAUUAUGAGAACUGUAACUAAACUUGGUGAAAGGACAUAUGUGCUAUCAUUUUCAACACUGAUAUGGUAUCUUCUUCUACUAGAUCUAUUCUUUAUAUAUUAAAAGCCUGUGAAUUUACUUAUGGUCCACAUACCAUCAAAUAAAAUGUUUUUCUCCCAUG